UCCAAUUCCACAGCAAACCCAGGAAAAGAUGGGCUUUCCUUCUUUCCCCUGCUCCUUUCUCCGGGGCCUCAGUCCUCAGAGGCAGGGGCGGUGGUAGUGAUAGCAAAAGGUCAAAAAGUCCCUAGCAGAGAAGAAUACGUCUCCAUGCACCCAAAAUGUUGACAGCUGAUAAAGCUCUGCAUGCAAACGCCAGGACAAGUGUCUCUCUGCAAAACCAAACAGUCUUAGGUGUGCGUCUUUUGGAUUCACCAUCUUUAUGUUUGGCCAAAUAAUCAGAAGAAGAAAACCAAAUUUUCUUUUGGGUUGUUUGUUUCUGGUGCGUGCGCCCAACGGCAGACUGCAACCAUAUCUCCGUCUCCCACCACGUGGUUUUACCUUUUUCACAGCGGCAAGUGAACCCAUAACUUUUUUCUGCUCUAUAAUCCACCCCAAAGCUUCAAUCUUUGCCUCAAUCUCUCAAUUUUCUUUGAUGGGUUGCUCUUGUUCCUGCUGAUUUUGGUGAAAAAAACCAACUUUCUGGGCCCGCCAUGGCUUCGAGAUCGAUUCUCCGGUUUCGAAAACUCUGCUACGUUGAGCCUGUGAGCUCCCCUUCUGUAAAGUUUCGAUCUUUUCAGACCUCAGAAGUUGAAGGGACAGAUGAGAGUUCCGUGGAGAAGAAGCAAUGGAAGAGGAAGAAGCAGCAGAGGGGGUGGAGGUGCAUAGAUAGCUGCUGUUGGGUCAUUGGGUACAUGUGCACUGCUUGGUGGGUUCUUUUGUUAUUGUACCACAGCUUGCCGGUCACUUUGACCGGCUUUCAGGUGCCGGAAUCUCCAGGGACAAGGCUUAAAGGUGAAGGCCUGACUGCCCUUCACCCUGUUGUUCUUGUCCCCGGCAUUGUGACCGGUGGCCUCGAGCUCUGGGAAGGCAGGCCUUGUGCCGAGGGGCUUUUUCGAAAGCGGCUUUGGGGUGGUGGUUUCACCGAAAUCUUCAAAAGGCCUUUGUGUUGGUUAGAGCAUCUGUCUCUGCACAAUGAAACGGGGCUCGAUCCUCCGGGAAUUCGAGUCAGGGCAGUUCCGGGACUUGUUGCAGCUGACUAUUUUGCUCCUGGAUAUUUUGUUUGGGCUGUUUUGAUCGAAAACUUGGCGAAAAUUGGUUACGAAGGGAAGAAUAUGCAUAUGUCUGCGUAUGAUUGGCGGCUAUCUUUCCAAAAUACAGAGAUUCGGGACCAAGCUCUUAGUAGAUUGAAGAGUAAAAUUGAGCUUAUGUACGUAACGAAUGGAUAUAAGAAAGUGGUUGUGGUGCCUCAUUCUAUGGGUGCAAUUUAUUUCCACUUCAUGAAAUGGGUUGAAUCACCUCCUCCUAUAGGUGGUGGUGGUGGUCCAAGCUGGUGUGCCAAGCACAUUAAAGCAAUCAUGAAUAUCGGUCCAGCAUUUCUUGGUGUUCCAAAAGCUGUUAGUAAUAUAUUUUCUGCUGAGGGUAAAGAUGUCGCGUACAUCAGAGCUAUGGCUCCGGGUGUUUUAGAUUCUGAAUUUCUUGGGCUUCAAACCUUUGAGCACGUCAUGCGGGCAAGUCGAACCUGGGAUUCCAUAGUUUCCAUAUUGCCAAAAGGUGGAGAUGCCAUCUGGGGCAAUUUGGAUUGGUCUCCUGAAGAUGGGCAGAGCUGUUACCAGGCAAGGAAAGGAUAUCUACAGUCCACUACUGGUGACAACAAUUUCAGCCGCAACGAUGGAAAUAGUGUUUUCCAAGUAAAAGAACCUGUGAAAUAUGGAAGAAUAAUCUCUUUUGGCAAGGAAUCUUCACAAUUAUCUUCUUCACAGCUUCCUAGGCUUGAUUUGAAGGAUCUAAUACACAAAGAUUUGGCCACAAAUUCCAAGUCAUCGUGUGGAGCGGUGUGGACUGAAUAUGAUGAGGUAAGCAGUGAAAGCAUCAGAAGAAUUACAGAAAAUAAGGCUUACACAGCUCAAACACUUUUUGAUCUACUACGUUUUGUGGCUCCAAAAUUGAUGCGACGGGCUGAGGCUCACUUCUCUCAUGGGAUAGCUGAUAACCUUGAUGAUCCUAAAUACGCCCAUUACAAGUACUGGUCCAAUCCACUAGAGACCAAGUUACCGGUUGCUCCAAACAUGGAAAUAUACUGUUUAUAUGGCGUUGGAAUCCCCACUGAAAGAUCAUAUGUAUACAAGAUGUCUCCUUCUAACAAGUGCAAAAGCAUUCCAUUCCGGAUUGAUGGUUCAGCAGAUGGAGAGGCAGGAAGUUGUCUGAAAAAUGGAAUACAUUUUGUGGAUGGUGACGAUAGUGUGCCUGUAUUGAGUGCAGGUUUCAUGUGUGCCAAAGGAUGGAGAGGAAGAACGAGAUUCAACCCAUCUGGUAUUGCUACUUACAUAAGGGAGUACCGGCACAAGCCACCGGCUAGUUUCCUUGAGGGGAGGGGUAUAGAGAGUGGUGCACAUGUUGACAUCAUGGGAAACGUUGCAUUAAUUGAAGAUGUUCUCAGGGUUGCUGCCGGAGCAAAUGGUGCACAGACCGGAGGUGAUAGGAUUUACUCAGAUAUCAUGAGAAUAUCUGAGAGAAUAAAUCUACAGAUGUAACAUGUAAGUACACUUGGAAAGAUGACCACCCUUGCGAUUAAGAAAUCAGAGACACAAGGCAUCCGGGAGAUGAGAACUAACAAUGGAGAAACAGUUGCUGCUUUGAGGCUCAUGAACAACUACCUUAUCUGCAGCACCCGUAAUACUUAGCACUUCAGAGCAAGGCUUUGGUUUGUGGGGAAAGAGGAGAAACCACUUAUGGUAAAUGGUAUACGUGCUUGUCAUUUAGGAGCUAUAAUUGUAGUGAUCCGGUAGUCAAAUCGUAAUAAGAGCACAAGAGCUCAUUUGUAGUCAAUUUUGGGUGGCUGAAAUGUAGUUUAUAUUUGCAACAGACUUGUAGCUCAAGUAAUCAAAAGCGAUUAUCCUCGCACCAGAUGUUAACUUA